AGAAAGUAACUCCAGGACGAGACCGGAGCGACCCGCGCGCAUCGAGCAGCAGGCGACGGGGCUGCGACGGGCGCCCGACACCGGCGGCCGCUGGGGGCGCGGGGGCCCGCUCCGCCGCGCUCCGGCUCCGAGCAGUGGUCCCGGGAGAAGGGUCGUGGUCCGCCGCAGAAUUCGGGUCAAGGCGUAAGGCCUGGGGCUUCCAAUGAUACUCUGGGCAGGGAUGGAAGCCUAGAUGCCUCACCGCAAGGAGCGGCCGAGCGGGUCGUCGCUUAACGCACACGGCAGCAGCGGCGCGGCGGAGGGAGGAAAUAUGUCCCGGCUGUCACUCACCCGGUCGCCCGUGUCUCCCCUGGCUGCCCAGGGGAUCCCACUGCCAGCUCAGCUCACCAAAGCCAACGCACCCGUGCACAUUGACGUGGGCGGACACAUGUACACGAGCAGCCUGGCCACGCUCACCAAGUACCCCGACUCCAGAAUAAGCCGCCUCUUCAACGGCACAGAGCCCAUUGUCCUAGACAGUCUCAAGCAGCAUUAUUUCAUCGACCGGGAUGGGGAGAUUUUCCGCUACAUCCUGAGUUUCCUGAGGACGUCCAAACUGCUGCUUCCGGAUGACUUCAAGGACUUCAACCUGCUGUAUGAGGAGGCGAGGUACUACCAGCUGCAGCCCAUGGUGCGGGAACUGGAGCGCUGGCAGCAAGAACAAGAGCAGCGGCGCCGCAGCCGGGCCUGUGACUGCCUGGUGGUCCGGGUCACCCCCGACCUGGGUGAACGCAUCGCGCUCAGCGGCGAGAAGGCGCUCAUUGAGGAGGUCUUCCCAGAGACGGGGGAUGUGAUGUGUAACUCUGUUAAUGCCGGCUGGAACCAGGACCCCACGCACGUCAUCCGCUUCCCCCUCAAUGGCUACUGUCGGCUCAACUCUGUGCAGGUCCUAGAAAGGCUGUUUCAGAGGGGCUUCAGCGUGGCUGCGUCCUGCGGGGGAGGUGUGGACUCCUCCCAGUUCAGCGAGUACGUACUUUGCCGGGAGGAGCGACGGCCGCAGCCCACCCCGACUGCCGUCCGGAUAAAACAAGAGCCCCUGGACUAGGCCUUGCCUGCGACCCCCCUCAGUCCCGGGGCAUGGAAAUAGUGCUGAGGAGUCUUGACUGUUGGUGCUCCCCCUGGUGAGCGCGAGACUCAGGGUGGGGACGGAGGGUCUGAGCUCAUCCCUGGGAAGGCCAGGUGUCAUGGCAACAGAAUGAGGGGGCGCCCGGCGGAAGGACUGUUGACGUGACCGGAAGAUGCUGCGGGCUGCGACCGUGUGGCCAGCUUCCGAGCCCUUCUGCUCCUCGGCCUGGUACAGCGUCCUCUGCUGGGCCAGCCACUCCCAGAGCAGCUGUUCUAUCCUUCUCCACGCUUCGAGACGGCGGCAGGUCUCCCGGCGCUGGAGAUGGCUUAUUUUUCUACAGUAUUUAAAACGGAACUAACUGUCGCUGCACAGGUCAGCAAGGCCGACGAGGACCAUCGCUGCUCUUUUCCUGGUGCUCUGUUCUCAGCCCAACCUUCGGCAAGCCUUGCGAAGGAUGGGCCGCCGGCGUUCGGGCCCAGGUGCCUGCUGAGCUAGGGCUGUGGGGACAGAGGUGGGGUGGUGCUGCUGUAGGCGAUGGAACCAGGGUCCCCGAGGGGCAGGGCAGCGGGGAGGAGGGCACUGGGGGCUGUGGGACUCUGUGGCUUUUAUCUGAGCUACUCCGCUGCCACCUGUGUCCCAGACUGCACUUGGUGCGCACCUGACCUGCUAAUGCCCAGGGACUUCCAGUCCCAACUGACUGUGCUCACAUCUGGGUUCCUUGGAGAAGUCUCCGCCCAUCCGGUCAGCUUGGGGCCACAGCUUAUCUCAGGAAUGGGCCCUUCUACCAAGGGACUCAUCUGUCAGCAUCCAUCUCUGGGUCCCCACUCAGGGAGCCACCCUCCACCCCAGCUCCAAUCUCCCCACACUCAUAGGCACACCAAGUUUUAAUUAAAUGUGCUAAGCUAGCCUGUCAGGAAGGCCCAGACCCGGGCUUACCCAGUGCCCUUAACCCCACAUUUCCAACACGGACUGGUCCUGAGAAGUCCUCACAGACCUGCUCUCUCCCAGACGCCAGGCCCAAAAGACAGACACCCCAGCCUUGUCACCUCUCCCCAGCUCCUCCCAAGUGGGGGAACGGCAGAGAACUGAUGGAUGGGGUGCCCUGGCCGGCACCCCCUUGUGUAUAGCAUACGCCUGUAGACUUGUAUAUGACUCCUUUAAUAUUGUAAAGAAGCUGAUGUACAACUGUUGUGUGUUUGUGUAAACACAUCGUCGCGUUCCUGGUUCCUGCCAUAAAGGACGCUGUGAAACAAAAGACUGAGGCUCCG